AAUUACAGCACUUUACAGUACGGUACGUACGACUUGACAUAGGCGAGUACGCCGAGAGAAAUCACCCUCGGAACUUGUUGGGAUUUUAAUUUAAAUUCAUUCGGUACACGCUGCUUGCUUUGGAAUUGGAAUGGAAGCCCCAACAGACGAAGGAUGCCCAUCAACUUCCAGAGAUAUUGUGGUCGGGCGAAAGAGCACCAGGAAGAGAAAGGUCAUUACUCGUGAUGACAGUGAUGCAGAGAUCCCUCCCCAACUAAAGCCCAAGAAGAUGAAAAACACAACAGGAAAACCCUUUUGUUGCGACAAGUGCAGUUCCCGAUUUGUUGUGAAUCCUCUGAGACGUAAACCUGGACAGAAAACCAAGGGCAAGGCAACCCCUCGUUAUGUCAAGGAGCCUGAAAGCCAGAAACUUCUCACACUCUGCAAUGCAUGUGGCCUUAAGAUGGAGAGAAAGAGCAAGAUGACUCCUCGCGAUCCCCCUCCUACAGCAGAUGAUAAAAAGCGUUACUACGAGAGUGCAGAACACUUUGCAGCGUCAUUGGUCGAAGGGCUUGGAGAGCCAGAUGCUGAAAAGUUAACAUGCCCUGUCUACAACUCCAAACCCUGUGGCUGUAUUCAAAAGUUCAUCAUUGGAGAGGGUGACAGGGAACAAUCCAAGAAGCGAGCCCUUCAUCUGCUGAGCAUUCUGAAAGAUGCAAAACGUCUUCGAGAGAAGAAGUUCUACAAUAGAGAAGAGGUUCUACGCAAAGGAAAAGGACAGCGGAAGGUGGGCCUAGGUAAUGGUCAUCGCAAAGCCAAGGAAUAUGAGGACUUUGUGUUGUCAAAUCGAAAGGUACUACGUGGGGAUUUACGGAUGUGUGAGCGGGCGACGCAGCGUAUCCUCCUCUACUCCAACAACUUCCUGCACAAGCGCUUGAAAACGGACCCCCAGAAUCGCACACAAAGGCUGCAGAGAACCAAGGGGCAGGCUGCACUGGGCAAACUUGUUGACAUAUCCGAACUGCAUGAGCAAACUUGCUGUUCUGAGAAGUGUGUGCUGUUGGCGCGUACACACAAAUUGCUGUUGAAGCAAUGGAGAGAGCGGGCAAUCUCCGGGCAGCUGGAGGCCAGGAAAGUUCUUGCUGAAAUGCUUACUCCUUCAGGUCAUGGAUCCAACUGCGCCCGUUUCAUCUCCAUGGUAACGGGGAGCAGCAUCACCACCAUUGCGAGGGUGAAGGAGCAGAUGACGAAGACUGGCGGAGACCGGGAGCCCCCUCAGCAUGGCCUCAAGAAGUACUGGAAGAACCAUCCCAAGAGUAAAAGCAGUCUGCUAGCGGAGGAUGGAGGAGGGAUGACGGGCUCCAGGACAGGGUCAGCUGGAGCUGGGCAGGCAGGAGCCCAGGGAUCUCUUAUGACGGUGGCGCAACUCAUAGAGCAACAAGAUCAGCUGAAAAGACUGCAGCAACAGCUGGAGGAGCAACAACAACAAGUCAGACAACAGCAGAGAGUUGUAGAGCAACAGUUAGUUCAACACCAACUGAGGCAGAGUAGCAGGCAAUUGAAACAACAGACUGUACUGACUGAAGCACAAAGGAAGGUUUCACUUCAAAGAAGGGCUGGAAACAUGCCAGGUAGCUCUAAGACAAGUGCAUCCAAUACUACCACUACUCCACCUACUGCACAGAACAUGUCUACAAACAGAGCAACAAAUUCAUCUACUCUGUCAAUGCAACCCUUUGGACCUGAUCAGGUUGGCCGUGUUCACGUGCAGCCUUCUGUAUCUGUAACACAAGAAGCUCGGGCUGCAUCAACACAGCAGCAGCCAUCUAAUCCACAAGUACCUACUAUUAUAGGUGUGAAUGUAGAGCAACAACAGUCGCAACAACAGCAGCAACAACAGCAACCGCAACAGCAGCAACCCUUGACAGCUUCAGUGCCAGGUAUAGAUGCCAUUGCUGCCAAGCUGUUGCAGCAGAACUUGCAGCAGAUACUUGCUGAACUGCAGAAUCAGAUGGUGACACAGCAGUUCCAGCAGCAGCUGAUGAACUGCGGGAUGCAACAAGGUCCGAGUGGUAGCAACCAGCCCCCAAGCUACAGCACUGCAGUUGCAGCCACAAACCACUCCCAGGUGAUGCAAGCACCACACCCUCAACCACCACAACAGAAGACACAGAAAGAUGGUUCACAACAAACACAGAUCAUCAUACAGACCUUACCAAGCUUGCAGCCUAAUUUGCUGCUGAGUAGCAAUGGACAUGGCGUACCUUGUAGCAGCAAUAUGCCACAGUACGUCAAUGCUUCAACAAGCGAGCCAAUUGCUCAUCUCAAAGCAGGUGAUAAUACUCAGGUCAUGGUUCCUAUCACUCUCCAUCGACCUGAUGGCCACACUGCAGCAGAAGAAGCAGCCAACGUGGAAGAAGUCAACGUCCAACUCCAGGAAAUCAUUAUGCCUCUCUCCACCCAGGAUGCUGAAGCUUGCAACAUGGUCCUACCGCGCCAGCAACAGCACCACCUUCCCACAAUCCUUCAAGGCACCAUCCAACAACACUCUCAGAAUCUGAAUCAACUGGUAAGCCACUCCUCGGAUUCCACUGCCACCCGUCCAGCCACGACCAUGAGCAUUGAGAACCUGUGUAGCAGCCAGCACACAUCACCAGGCAACAUGGGGGAUCUUGUUGUGAACGAAGUGGAGGAUACAAGCCGGAUGAUGCAAGGUAACGAGGAGAGCAUCCCAUCCUCUAUCCCUCUAGUUGGAGGAGUUUCGGUAGAGACGCUUUUGUCCCCUGAAGCUCUCCAUCUCCUGAACUCAACAGGUCAAGCAUCCCUGAAUGUUUCUUUGGCUUCUGCAAGACCUGUCAAACAAAACACAUCUGGGCCUGGCCCCUUGUGAAACACUUCAAUAGGAGAAGUGGUGGCAGUCUGAAGUUGUGAACACAUGACUAGAAGGCCCGUAUUUUCAAAAGAGGUUCCAGGUGUACAAUGGUACUCAACCGUGGACUACGCCGAUUCUGUGUACAUAAUUACGCUUAUUUCAUCGCGUACACUAAAAAAAAGUUUGAUUAUAAUUGUAUACUUUGGGUAAAGGGUGCUAAAUUCAUGCACGUUAAUACAAGAAAUCUGCAUAAUCCAUGGUUUCGUACCAUGGUACAAUUGAAACCUCUUUUUAGAGUAGGGGUCUAUAAGACUCAUCAUAUAUCCCUAAUAUUGCAACAAAAUUAUAUGGAUCCCAUUUUUCCCCUCACUUUCUUAAUCCUGCCAUCAUUCAAAUGACAAAUAUUUUUAUUUCGUUGGUUCCAUUCAUAAUCCCUGUGUCUGUAAAUGGAUACUCUCUGUGCAUGUGUGUGCUUUGAACAGUUUGAGACUGUUUAUACAUGUAGGUUUUAAAUAUUGAGGCUGCUUUAAUGUUAUUGUAAAACAAACACUUUCAUUGUGUGCUUGUACUUAUUUAUUACAUCAAUUGAAUUGAUGCCUGAUCAUGAUUUUCUGAUUUCAUGGUUAAUCGUGUGUAGCAGCCCCAGCUGAAAACCCACAAGAAAUCACAUGCUAGGUCCUCUGUUAUAUAAAUUAGAGUAGUCAUUUCGACUUUAUUAUUGUUGAAAUUCAUCUGGUAGAGUGGUUCUCUUCCUGCCCAAUGUUGAAAUGUCAAAUGAUUUUGAGAAGGGACUGACACACCAGGAAUAUUUUAGCCAGCAUAUGAAUCUAAUAGGCAUUUUUAUUGUGCCAUCUAUCUAGAAAUAAUUUAUUCCGAGGCGAAUUGUUAUAUAUUACCCUGGCUUUAGCUCAAGCUGCAUUCCAAGGCUCGGUGCAUUUAAGGAAUUAAUCCUGAUAGGUACCUAUGCACCUCAGCACUUAUUUAGCCAUUUUCUUCAUAUAAUCUGAUAUCAAGAAAUUAAAUUCUUGUAAUAAAAAGAACAGAUUGUCUUUGUUGAUAAGUAAAUGGUUAAUAUUUGAAAUAUGAGUUUAUGUAAGACAGCUUGCUGCAUAUACUUUUGUAUGCUCUGGCUAAAAAGUCCCUUUAUGCUUAAAUUCAAAACUCUUUCUCAAAUUACAUUGUGAUCUGUUUAUAUCAGGUUUUUGGCUGGGCAGACGCAUGUUUCAUAUGGCUUGAUCCAUGGUCAGUCAGUUUUGUGUCAAAGGAAAUUAGAAUGUGUAAUAAAGCAUGAAAGCUGCUUUUUUUUGUUACGGACUUUGUCAGAUUUGUCUCUUGCUUUGUGUUUCGAGGUCCAUCUAAAGAAUAUCUAAAGAACAAAAUAUAAGACAGAAAAAAGGAGAAAUAAUAUUGGUUCGAUUCACUCCAGAGAGGGAAGGGAUUGGAGAAAGGUCAGAGACACAGAAUGGGAGGAAGAGCUUAUCAAAUGAUUAAAGUGUGUAUGUUCAUUAUGUAUAAAAUGCAGUAUUGUGGUAGCAAGGACAUUGUUUCAAAAGGCUGAUCGAGUUAAGAUGAGAAAUUGGAGAGCAUUGCAACUUGUUGCCAUUGUUUGUAAGAUGGGGGGAGGAGAAAAGCCUUUGGAUGGGAAUAAAGAGGAUAGGAUGUGGAUGGGAAAUAGGAGGGAAUAAAUAGAAUAUGAAGGGGAGAAAGAAGAGAAAAAAAACAUGGGGGAAGAGAAAAAUAUACAUAGGAAGUACAAGAUUUUUCAAACUUCCAUAACUCGCUUAUUCUAUAACCGAUUUUGAUAAAAUAAGUUUUAGAUUGCUCCUCUCCUUUAUUCUUUCUGAUAAGAUGGAUUUUCUCCUUGUAUAAUGGUUUCCUUUAACAUGUUGUCCCUUAGAGCUCAAAGACGCAUAGAAAACACAAAGUACACAUUUCGUACCCAAUCAUCCUCAAUUUAUUGUGAAAUAGUAAAAAUUGACAUUUAUUACAUUAAAAUUUCUUAAAGUUAAAAUUCCUUGUUAAAAUCACUACUACCCCAACUGAUCUUAAGAAAGGCAACUCUUUAAAAAAUCGUUUAACUACGAGUAAACUAAUUCUAGAUUGAUUUUUCAUAUGAGAUGAAAGAGUUUUAAGAUAUAGAUGUAAAAUUUUUAAGUGGUUAUGACAAUCCUCAUGUGACCUAUUAAAAAAUUUGCUUUCUCUUGUGCUAUUUACACACGUUUCCCCAGUACAUUUAUUUUUCAUGACAUAUUAAGACAAAAUAUGCUUUAGUAAAAUUCUUAAGAUAGACAUAUCACCCUUGUGAUUUAAUCUUGUUUAUGACCAUGGUAUUUCUCUAAAUUUCCAUAUAAAAUAUAAAAUUCACACUUCAAUAUAUACAAACAAUAUAAUUCCUGCAUAUCUAAAAUCCUCUUGUAUUGUAUUCUGUUAAGAUUUCAUUCAUGAAUAUAUUAUUUUGAAACUUGACCUGAUAAAAUCUGAUGUAAAAAUCUGAUAAAUCUCUUAAUAAAUUUUGUUUGAAAGACAAUUUCGGGACAAUUGAUAUUUGAUAUUCAUCAUGUCUUUUCACAGGUGUUACUAAAAUUACAGCAAACCACGUGUACAACGAGAACCAUAUACAGACAGAGUGGUGUCAAUUCUAACACCAGUCUUAGGCCAUCAGGUGGGGUUUUUGUGGAUGGUAUUCCUUUCACACUAACACCAGAAUAUAUAUAACACCACCCAAUGAUCAAUAAACUCCACUUGCAACAAGGUUGUAACAAAAUAUUUAAAACGGAGGAAAAAACGGAGGUAAUGUUAUCUGCUAAACAUGUUGUAAAUGUGGAAACUGCUUUCGCAUCAAUAUACACCUUUUUGAGUUAUGAGUAAUAUAACAAACAUGAUGUGACAAUGAGGCUAUGAUAUUUAUAAUAUGUACAGGAGAGAAGUGCACAGACUUAUCAAAUUUAACUGUGUAAACGUAAUUUAUAUAUUGUACCGCUUCUGUAGUCUGGGGAUGAAAACUUGCAAUCUUGUAAGAGGUGAUGAUGUACUGUAUGAAACAAUAAUCCUCCCCUUGCAUACACCCCAUAAAUAAAUCCCGCCACUAUUGUUAUAAAUGACCUUAUAUCCACACCCGAUGUGUAGAGCACCUUCGAUUUUACUUGGUGAACUAAUCUAACAAUUUCAUACAACACAAAAUAAUAGGCAAAAAAAUAAUAAA